UUUUAAAUACCAAAAUUUUGAAUCCGUUCGGAUAUAUAAUCAAUUUUGGUUCGGGUUCGAUACUAUUUUUUCGGAUCGGAUUCGGUUCGGUUAUUCGGAUCCGGAUUUUUUGUUCAGCCCUAUAUAGAACUAUACAUACAAAAUAUGAAAUGGAAUGGAUGUACAACUUUCUCUCUCCGCGUACACACACACACUCCUAUAUAGAACUAUACAUACAAAAUAUGAAAUGGAAUGGAUGUACAACUUUCUCUCUCCGUUUAUCAUAACAUCUUCCCAGAAAAUCAAGUAGAGCAGCUAUACAUUAAUUUAUAGACUCAUCUCACCUUGGUGCUUCAUAUCUUAAUCUUACACACAAUCUGAAAAGAAAAAUGAAAAUAAAAACAUUUUAAUCUUGAAAAUUUUAGUUAAAAAAAAAACAUUUUAAUCUCUUAAUAUUUGAUUUCAAUAGUCCUUUUGGUUGAUUAGAUAUCAUAUCUUUAACCCGCACAUGUAAUGCAUAGUUGUUGUUCGAUACAGGUCUGACUCUUUGCCUUUUUAGAAUCAAAGCUUUAUAUAUAAACUAUAACGUGCUUAUUUGCUCCGCAUCUCAUUCCAUUUGGUAUAAAUCUAUAUGUGACAUAAAAAUAAAGAGAUAAAACCCUUGAAAUAUAAAAUUAGUUCGGUCUCGAGAUGCGGUUAACGCGCGCGCAUGUUUGUAAUCAUGAUUAUGUUAAAUUAAUUAACAAAAUAACGGACCACGAAAAGAACUCACAAACGUGAUAAAAGAAUGGAAAUAUUGUCGUUAUCAAAAUUGUAAUCGGAAUAACGGUCUCGAGAUGCGGUUAACGCAUCAUAUUUGUAAUCAGCAUUAUCAAAAUUGUAGAAUCUAAAUAUUGUCGUUAUAUACCACCACAGUGUUUUAAGAAUGGUUCAUUUGGAGAUCUUAUGGGACCUACGUAUUUCCAUACUUGGUUAUUGGUGUGGGUUUAGAUUUUUUUUGUUUCUCUUAUUCACAUAUUUUCAAAAUUACAAAUUAAAAUUGUCUAUAUAUAGUGAACAAAGUAUAUUAUGUAUGUGAAUAACAAACAUUAUGGAUGUUAUUGAAUAUUGAAUGAAAGAAUGUCCUGUUUGUUGAAUAUAACUGAAACAAAGGGAUCAAUUACGUGACAUGCAAAUAUGAAGGCUCGUCACUGGUUGUAUUUAGGGUAUAACACUAGACGGAUAACAAAUUUCGAAUCCCUAAGGAAGUAUUACGUGGGUCCCUGUGUCGGGGAAGAAAAUAACAAAAAUUUCUCUGUGGUUUCCUCUCUCCGCGUACGUACACACACACUCUCUCUCAGUGGUCCCCACUAUAUACUGAUUAGUAAUUGGAUAACUAAAAUGUUUUUAGUAGUAGUAUUAAUUAGUACUAGCAUAGGGAUUGUUUCAUUAUUUUUCAAAUCAUAUGAAACAUGCGGCAUGUCUUAAUUAUGUGAUUAUUUGUUUUACCGUCUCUCUCUCCUACACACACACACUCUCUCUCUCUCUAUAUAUAUCUGCUCCCAAGGUCGGUGACUUUCUCUAGUGCUUCUUCAUCCCCUCCAAUUCUCUCUCUAGCUCUUCUUCAUCCCCUCCAAUUCUCUCUCUAGCGCUUCUUCAUCCUCAUACUCUUUUUUUUUUUUUUUUUUUUUUUUUUUUUCUCUUGUAAAAUCCAAAGAUGAUGGCAUCUACGCUAUCGCGGUUGUUCUCAAGAUCUCGGCCUAUCCUUCUCCGAAGAGUCUCGUUCCGCAGCUGUUUCCCAAAACAUACCCUCGCCUCAAGUCUUGGAUCAGUCUUGGAGUGGAUGAAUAUAAACGGUUACAACGGCAGAGGACUUGUCGAUCUUCCUAGAAAGCAUCCCCUCGCCGCCGGCGCAGCUAAAAUCCCUAACGACGGCUCUCCCUACUAUAACCGCCAGUCUCUCCUCCACUACCAGAAGCUACAAGUAAUCAGAUCUAUUUUUUUUGUUUUUCCCUUCUGAGUUUUGGAUGAAUAUUGGUGCUGAUGUUUGUUUACGUCGUGAAGCAGAGCACUGGCCCUUGUUCUCGGCCUAUCCUUCUCCGAAGAGUCUCGUUCCGCAGCUGUUUCCCAAAACAUACCCUCGCCUCAAGUCUUGGAUCAGUCUCGGAGUGGAUGAAUAUAAACGGUUACAACGGCAGAGGACUUGUCGAUCUUCCUAGAAAGCAUCCCCUCGCCGCCGGCUUGGGAAGGGCUGUUGCGCUUCAAAACUUUGAGAAAAAGCUGAAAUCUACGAGGAGUAACGUACCCAUAACUAAGAGCGAGCCUGCUGAAACAAGACCACUAGGUACAACAAGAGCUUAUAACUUUUGUAUUUUACCCAAAACAUACUGUCUUAGUGGUCUACUCCUGAUUCAGUGAUAAUAGAUGAUAUGUAUACAUUUGGUAGGUUCUCUCAUAUUGCUACGAAACUUACUAUUAUCAUUAAUUCUUACUCAUGCCAAAAUGCUAUAUGCUCAAUACCUGUAAGGGGAGUAGAAUUAUACACUUGCGUGUCUGGCUUGUCUUGAGAGUGUUGAGUUGUCUUCAAUGCAAGAUAUGUAGUGUUCUUUCACUGAUUAGUUUGACCGUAUUAUUACAGAGCAACAAGAGAAAAUGAUCCACGAUAUGUGGUGACACCAUAACAUGUCUUUUGCGUAAACACCAUAACAAGUCUUUUGCCUAAACUCACUUGAGGCUACAUCUCUUUGUUGACAGGAACAUCACACCAAAAGCUCAUCACGCAUUUUGAAGGAGGUAUCGAGACAAAUCUCAACAGGGAAAAGACGAGGAGUAACGUAGCCAAAACUAAGAGAGAACCCGCUGAAACAAGACCACAAGGUACAUCAUAUCUUGAUCACUGUAGUGUAUAACCUUUCCAUUUUACUCAAUCAUACUGUGAUGAUUCAAGGUCGACACUAACUAACUCUUGCUUCAUUCUAGUACCGUAUUUUGUACACUAUCCACCCAUAUAUUGUUCAGUGAUCAAUGAUAUAUAUACCUCUGAUUUAGGUUCUUUUAUCGAUACAAAACUGACUAUUCACGUAGUUCCUCAAAACAGAGCUAUAUGCUCAAUUCCUAUAAGGGGAGUAGAAUUAUACAACUUGCGUGUCUGGCUUGUCUUAAGAGUUUUCGUCAAUAAGUCCACAUGCUGAAUGAGAAUAUGCAAGAUAUGUGGUGAUCUUUCACUGAUUAGUCUGGCCGUAUUACUACAGAGCAACAAGAGAAAACGAGAAUGAUCCAUGAAAAGUUUAAGGAUGAUGUCGGGAACCAUCUUGAAGACUUCAAGAGUGCUAUUGGAGGGCUUGAAGCAAACCACUCAGAGUUGAAAGGAAGCAUUAAGAAACAAAGAACAUCACACCAAAAGCUCGGUAUCGAGACAAAUCUCAACAGUGGAUCAAGGGGAUGCUCUGUAACGCUUCAACAGAUUAUGAGAAUGAUCCACGAGAAGUUUGAGGAAGAUGUCGGGAACCAUCUUGAAGACUUCAAGAGUGCUAUUGAAGGGCUUGAAGUUGGAGCAAACCAGCAAAGUCGAGAAACAGCUAAGUGGGGGAGUGGUAGCUCAGCUAAAUCUGGUGUCGUGUCAACUCCUUCCUCCAGAGGAAAGAUGAUGCAGCUGAAGAUGAUGGCUCCAUCGAUGCAGAUGAGGGGAUUCUCAUACAAACCGCAAAAAUCUGAGUUGCCAGACAUCAACGUGGACGCUUUUGAAGAUGAAUCAGAGCUCUUGAAGUUUUUGAGGGCUUACCACCCCACAUACUGUGUUGUUAAUCAGCAAGAGGAGAUGAAAAAAUAUCUGGCUCAAGUAGAAAGGAAGAAGAAAUAUGAAGCCGAAGCAAGGGAUGCCCGUGAAAAAGGGAAUACGGCCGAGGCCGAAUCGUGGGCUAAGUUAGCAGAGGAAGCUGGCCAAAAGGCACAGGAACACCUUGAGAGUAGCGAGAAUAUGAUUGCGUACGAAAACUUCUGGCUUGGCAAGAUAAAUGAAUUUCGUGAGUACCAGAAGAAGAAGAAUGUUGUUGUCUUAACACCUGAUAACUUCCAUGAGAUUGUACUGGAUCAGAACAAAGAUGUCUUGGUCGAGUUUUAUGCCCCAGGGUGCGGCCAGUGCAAGUCCCUCGUGUAUACAAAGGUAGCCGAGGUGUUUAAGCAUGAAGAAGGUGUGGUCAUAGCCAAGUUGGAUACUGAUGCUCACAAAAGCCUUGGCGAGAAGUAUGGAGUAAGUGGAUUCCCAACCUUAAAGUUCUUCCCAAAGGACAACAAAACCGGUCAGGAGUAUGAUGGUGGAAGGAACUUAGAUGAAUUUGUAAGCUUCAUCAACGAGAAAGUUGGAACCGGCAGAGACAGCAAAGGGAAGCUUACCUCAAAGGUUUAAAAAAACAUGUUUCUAUCUUAGUAUUGCAAUUUCUAUCUAAGGUUUGAAAGCUUUUGUUGAUUCAUCUCUCUUGUUUGAUAGGCUGGUAUAGUGGAAAGCUUAGACACGUUGGUAAAGGAGCUAGUUGCAGCCAGUGAAGAUGAGAAGAAGGCAAUCUUGUCUCGCAUCGAAGAGGAAGCUGGCAACCUUAAGGGCUCCACAGCAAGGUAUGGAAUGCUUUACACCUCACUUGCAAAGCAGUACACAGAAAAUGGUUCAGGCUAUGCUACCAAAGAAGCUAAGCUGCUUGGACGACUCAUUAGCAAGUCUACAAGUCCGCUGAAAGCUGAGGAACUCACUCUCAAGAGAAACAUCCUAAACACGUUUGCUUCUUCUUAGAAGCCUAAGAUUGAAGUUGCUUCUUCUUGUUUUUGCUUUUCUUUCAGCUCUUAUAGACAGUUAAGUUGAAGGUGGAUCAUGGAUAAUAGGCUAAAAGAUGGUUUUUGCUAGUUGUGGUCAAGAACAGAUACUAAUGGAAUUUUUAAAAUUUACAGAACAAAAAACAUCAAGAAACCAAAAACAAAAGAAUUUGAAUUUUUUUUUGUUGUGGUUAGGUUAGGAACUAGGGGAUGGAAGUUGUGAUUAGUUAAUUAAGCUCAGAACCUGUGGUCAAUAGGGUCUGAGGUUUUGUGGUUUUAGAGGCUGAGGAUUUGUGGUCAGGAUUAGAGGGGCCGUGUAGAAAGUCUGAAGUUGUGUAGUCUGAGUAACUUUGGUUGAUGUCGAAUGACCUU